CUUCAAAGAGGCAGCUGCAGUGGAGAAUCAUGUUAAGCUCGGCUACUGCGGAGAGCCCAAGGUAGCCCAAUGAUGGAUUUUGAUGAGCGUGGUCCCUGCUCCUCUAACAUGUAUUUGCCAAGUUGUACUUACUACGUCUCGGGUCCAGAUUUUUCCAGCCUCCCUUCUUUUCUGCCCCAGACCCCGUCUUCGCGCCCAAUGACAUACUCCUACUCCUCCAACCUGCCCCAGGUCCAACCCGUGCGCGAAGUGACCUUCAGAGAGUACGCCAUUGAGCCCGCCACUAAAUGGCACCCCCGCGGCAAUCUGGCCCACUGCUACUCCGCGGAGGAGCUCGUGCACAGAGACUGCCUGCAGGCGCCCAGCGCGGCCGGCGUGCCUGGCGACGUGCUGGCCAAGAGCUCGGCCAACGUCUACCACCACCCCACCCCCGCCGUCUCAUCCAAUUUCUAUAGCACCGUGGGCAGGAACGGCGUCCUGCCACAGGCUUUCGACCAGUUUUUCGAGACAGCCUACGGCACCCCGGAAAACCUCGCCUCCUCCGACUACCCCGGGGACAAGAACGCUGAGAAAGGGCCCCCGGCGGCCACCGCGACCUCCGCGGCGGCGGCGGCCACAGGCGCGCCGGCAACUUCAAGUUCGGACAGCGGCGGCGGCGGCUGCCGGGAGGCGGUGGCGGCGGCGGAGGAGAAGGAGCGGCGGCGGCGCCCGGAGAGCAGCAGCAGCCCCGAGUCGUCUUCCGGCCACACUGAGGACAAGGCCGGCGGCUCCAGUGGCCAACGCACCCGAAAAAAGCGCUGCCCCUACACCAAGUACCAGAUCAGAGAGCUGGAGCGGGAGUUCUUCUUCAGUGUCUACAUCAACAAAGAGAAGCGCCUGCAACUGUCCCGCAUGCUCAACCUCACCGAUCGUCAAGUCAAAAUCUGGUUUCAGAACAGAAGAAUGAAGGAAAAAAAAAUUAACAGAGACCGUUUACAGUACUACUCGGCUAAUCCACUUCUCUAAGGCUCUAGCCAGCUGGAAGUGGGUGGGGGGCUCCAUACACUUGAGAUAAUAUGCAGAUUUUGCCCUUGACAAGGUCAAGCCACACGGUGACUUUUGAAAAAAGGUGUGCAAAAGAGGUUCCACGGAGAUAGCUCCACAGGAGGCGGCCUGAUACUGUCUUGGUUGAGAUCUCAGUGGUUAAGAUUCUUAAUAAUAAUUGGAUUCUGAGAGUCGUGCAUCAACUAGAAUGAAUGGUUUGGGACCCCUGGUGGUUCACCAUUGGAGCCUACAGAGCUUUGGGCUGGGUGUGGUCUCCACUGGGGACUAGGCCCCCUGGAGGUUGACCCUCCCCCAGGACCCUCCACAUGGAGCCUGCCCACCCCAGGACCCCUGAGUCAAGAAGUUGUGUGUUCUCCAAGCCCAGUUCAGCUUGGGGACAGGGGCAGAAUUCCUAGAUGCCCAGAAUGGGGCUGUUUUCCAAAGCCAAUGUGAAAUGCAGCUGGACUAAGAGGUGGAUAUGACGUGGAAGAGGGCUGCAGAUCCCUGAGGAAAAAGAAAUUUACUUUCUAGGUGGCAGUACUGUCUCUCCAUCCCUCCGAGCCACUGAUUGCACUCUCCUAGGCCUGAGCUCCUAGCGGCCGCCUCCUGCAGCCCACCUGGUUUUUCUUUCUACCAAAAAGAGGGUCUUCCUUCCAGCCUGCCACUCAGGCCCAAAGCCUGGUCACAGAGCAAACUGUUCCCUGAGGUGGAAAACAUCAAAAAGCCAAGAGGCCGAACACAGGCUGCUGGCCCCAUGAAUCUCUGCAGGAAAUGCCUGUGGAGUGCGGCAGUUUGGCAAAGUCUCCACCACACUUAAUGAAGCUUGGAUUUGCUCAGUGUCCGGCAGUGGAGCAGUGGGCCCAGCCAGCGGGUCCCUGGCUAUGGCUGUGAGGGGCUUGUGUCCUCCAAAACACUGGGUUCUGGCACCACACACACUCUUCCCUCAUUGGCUCCGGAACUGAGCUUGGAAGCUUCCGGCGACCUUCCAAGAGCCCGAGAGUGAUUUGGAAUUAUUUUAAAAGAUAAAUAUUAUAUUAUAUAUAUAUAUUUCCCUGCAGGAACCAAAGCGAAUUUUAAAGAUGCAAUGUAGAGGGGGAAAGAUGAUGAAAAUAUUUAAAGGCUCUAUCUGUUUACAGUGUUCCACGGUUAAACUCGCUCACUGCUAAGAAUAUUUGAAUGUACGCUUCAUACAGGGAUGGUGUUCAAAAGACUUGUAAAUAAAGGAACCAUAACCUAUUUUGUUUGAAUACUCUUUUUUUUUUUUGCCAUUAGAUGAUUUCCUUUGGGGUUUUGGGGGGGAGGGUGUUGAGAAAGUCCUUUUUAAUCUCUUGCAACAUUUAGGAAGCGUUAGGGGGGAUGUUUGGAGGCAGGUCGGCAGGCCAUGGCCUGGGGACCUCAUCUGGGAAAGCCAGGCACCCACCCAUUGAAUCUUCUCUGCCUCCCUAUGUUAAGAAAUGUCUGGUGGCUCUGUUUGUGAUGGGAGUGUUGGUCUGUCCAUGGUUCUUACCCACCGUGUAUGUCGCAGCAUGUAUACAGGUGACAGGGCACAAGGAAAAUAAAGACGGUGGAAACUUGA